AUGGAGCCAUGGAUAUAUGCUUUGCUCUCCAGUCCGCUUUGCCUCACAGCAACCUUUUUCAACAUCAUCUUCUUUUGUUGCCUAAUGAGACCAGUCGCUGGAGUGACGCUUCGCAAUCCACUGCGCUUCUUGUUAAUUGUUGUGUUAUUCAAUUCAACAUUUCAACAACUGAUGACUGCGCUGACCAUUAUUAUGCUUCUUUUCGAUUCACCUUUCUGGCUUCAAACGCUAACCAUAGCUUUGAUUUAUCAGUUUUUCUGUGCCAACUUCUCAUGCAAUGCCUGGAUCAGCAUUUUCUACUACAUUUCAAUUGUUCCUCAACAACAUCCCAUUUUUAUCUGGAUUAAGAGGAAUAUUAACGCCAUAUUAUAUGUCGGCUUCGUUCUGAAUCAAAUAGUGCUUUUAAUUUCUUUGUCUAUGGGAGCAGUAAUGUAUUUUUUGCUUGGGCCUGUUCCAAACAAUUUCACCUCACUUGAACUGAAUAAAACAUCACCAGCAGAAAGCGUAGAGUCAGACCUGUAUUUAUUUCACGUGGCUAAUUUGACAUAUUUGCUAUAUUGCACCUGUCCGCUGUUCACGUUAUUAUUCUCUUGGGGCAAAACCUUUGUUUAUCUGCGUGAACAUUUGAAAAAGAUGGGACAGAGCAGUGAAUCUUUUUCCCAACCCCAGCAGAAGAGCCAGAUGCGGGUCACAGUAACAGGCAUGGUACAAGCGGCCCUAUUCCUUCCUAGCAGCCUAUGGACUAUAGCAGUUGCUUUCCUUUACGUGACAGACAACUUUGAAAUGGUUGAUCCCAAUAGAUUUGUCACAAUGACAUUCUGCUCAAUGUCCAGCUUGGGAAAUCUACUGUGUUUUGGAUUCUCCCAGUCUGUGUUUCGCCAUGGAAUUGUAAGUGUAUUUAACAAACUAAAGAGACACAAAUGA